GUUGUGAUCUGGUCGACGAGGAACCCAGGCGUGUCGGUCGGAUCACUUGUGGUUUGUCAUUUCCAAUCACUGGGGUCCUGGUGGUAUUCGUGUCGAACAAAUUUCAGUUGAGCAAUCUGAGUCCUGUAGGCGUGUGCUCAUAAGCCACCUGGUAGCCAGAAGGAAAAGUUCAAGAGCCAGGAGAUAAAGGUUCUGUAGCAAUCGAUUCUUUUGCCCGCUCUCCAAAUCUUCAAUUGCAGCGAAAUAGUAUGUUCGUUUGGGGUCAUUCAUGCCAUCAUAAUAUGGGGCAUGGAGAUUGCAAGAGAGUGGUAGGUGUUGGAAAGGGGAAGGAAGGACGAUACGAAAGGGAGAGUGUCAGUGUGUGAGUCUGGUUUCAUCCUCGUUGGGAGGGAAGAAUGUGUGCGAGUUGUGCACGGACCAUGAAGAGCUUGGUGAGGUAACGCCGAAAUAAGUGCUCGCGUCAUUGGGUACAGAUUUAGUUGCACUCGAGAUCGCUUAAAAUCCUCAUGGUUGGCUACAUGAUAUGGCGAGGAGUGCUGCGGCCGGGCGCACGAGCGAGAAGAAAUUGGUGGUGCAGAAGCUUGGGUGAUGGAUAUGGAUACCCACGUCGCUCCCGAUUUGUGCACGCGCCCGCGGAGCCCUCCGACAUCACCCUUGUUGAUCAGACACUGAAAAUCUCGUCUCUGGUUACGGCCUUCCGCAGUCGAGGCCAUUUCGUUGCGGCUCUUGAUCCGCUGGGUAGAACAUUGGGACGAUUGGUGGAAGGGAAUGAUGGCGCCGAAUACGCUGAGCCCGAAAAUGCGAAAGAUCUGUUUGAACUUUUGAAAAACUAUCCCUCUCUUAAUCUCGACGCUGUCGGUUUGAAGGGUGUAGAUCCCAAUAAAAGGUUCUAUUUGGGUGACCAUCUGCGCAUGUCACGCGCCACGCAACUGUUUUGGACAGUGAAUGAAGUGGUGGCGCUAUUACGAGCGAGCUACUGCGGCACCACGACCGUAGAGCAUGAGCAUGUGGUUUCCAAGCCUGGAAAGGAUUGGAUCCGCCUCAUGGUGGAGCGGCCUCAGGCACGGUCUCUGUUUCUGCCCUCUGUCCAGCGACGGAUCUUGUACCACUUACUCUACGCUGAUCAUUUUGAGCGUUUUCUUGCAAGAAAAUUUCAGGCCUCCAAACGUUUUGGCAUAGAAGGAUGUGAAAGUCUAAUUCCUGGCCUUUUCGCUCUCAUUGAGCGUGCAGCAGAGGGUGGGAUUAAAGCCAUUGAGCUGGGAAUGUCUCACAGGGGGCGGUUGAAUGUCUUGCACACGAUCCUUUCAAAGCCACUUGGAAGCAUCAUAACAGAAUUCAAAAAUGUUGGAGACCGACAUUUCUUACAGGUUGGAGAUGUCAAGUAUCAUUUGGGCAGUCGCGGCACUCUGUCGUAUGGUGACAAAAAGAUUCAAAUAUCGCUUCUGCCAAAUCCAAGCCAUUUGGAAGCAGUCGAUCCUGUCGUUCUGGGCAAGACUAGAGCUAAGCAGUUCUUUACUGGGGAUAUGAAACGGUUGCAAAACAUGGGGCUUUUACUUCACGGUGAUGCUGCAUUCAGUGGACUGGGAUUAGCUGCAGAAGUUAUGCAGCUUUCAGAUCUACCCCAAUAUACCACAGGAGGCACUAUCCAUGUCAUUAUCAAUAAUCAAAUAGGCUUCACGACUGAUCCCAAGCUCGCUCGUUCUUCUCCUCAUCCAAGUGAUGUUGCAAAGGGUGUCGGAGCUCCAAUUUUUCAUUGCAAUGGAGAUGAUCCGGAAGGUGUAGCUCAUUGCUGUCGGCUGGCUGUGGAUUGGCGCCAGAAGUUUCAGACGGAUGUUGUCGUGGAUCUUGUUUGUUAUCGGCGCCAUGGUCACAAUGAGCAAGAUGAUCCAAGAGCAACCCAGCCUUUGACCUACCAGAAAAUUCUUAACCAUCCCACAACUCUGGAGAUAUAUUCGCAAAAGCUUCUUCAAGAAGGCAUCAUCACCCAGGACGUCUUGACUAAGUGGGCUGAGGAUGUGGAUGCCAAGUUUGAGGCUGAGUAUGCUGCCGCCGAUUCAUAUGCUCCCACUUUGCAUGAAUGGCUGGCGAGCAACUGGCAAGGUGAGGCCCUUGGAUCGUCGAGUUCGAAACGUUACAUCCAGCCAACUGGCCUGGAUAUUGAGAGUCUUAAAAGUGUGGGAAUUGCGAUCAGUACACCACCUCCUGGGUUCAACUUACAUCCUGAUGUAGCAAAUUUGCUUAAAUCAAGAGCGCAGAUGAUGGAAACUGGAACGGGAAUCGAUUGGGCAAUGGCUGAAGCUUUGGCAAUGGGGUCGUUGCUGUUGCAUGCGGAUCCAUCGCGGGGGCAGACCCCUGUGAAGAAUCCUCAUUUUCCUGUGAGACUUAGUGGCCAGGAUUGCGAGCGAGGCACUUUCAAUCAACGUCACUCUGUCCUCUACGAUCAGUCUACAGCAAAGCGAUACAUACCAUUGAAUAACAUUUGUCCUGGGCGACAAGCCGAGUUCGUCGUGUGCAAUUCAAAUUUAUCAGAAGCCGCUAUUUUGGGAUUCGAAUAUGGUUUCAGCUUGGAGAACGAGAAUGCUCUGGUUCUUUGGGAGGCUCAGUUUGGAGACUUUACCAAUAAUGCGCAGUCUAUAAUUGAUAACUUCAUCGCCAGUGGCGAGGAGAAGUGGAUGACACCUACAGGUCUAGUUCUAUUACUGCCCCACGGUUAUGAUGGUCAAGGACCCGAGCACAGCUCUGCUCGAUUGGAGCGUUUUUUGCAGCUCUGUAAUGACGAUCCAGACCAUCUUCCUGGAUUUGGGCCUCAGCACAAGUUGCAAAUGGAGGCCGGUUUUGCUGCUGCUGAUGAAGAUGGCAAAGGCUACUUGACUCGAGCCGAUCUGAAGGCGCUGAUUAAAGGAGUUAGCCCUGAGCGCGUUGAGGUUCUGAUGCAGGAGCUUGAUUUUGGGCAACAAGACCGAAUUGAAAGCGCGGUUGAACAUCAAACGUACCAGAUUUUUUUCGUGAUGGCAAAGGAACGAGAUUGGGAUGUGUUCAUGGCGCAGUGGAUGCGACGCAAUGCUGAGAAGGAUCACAAUCUAUGUGUGGUGAAUAUUACAACGCCAGCAAACUUCUUCCACUUGUUGCGACGUCAAAUGAAUCGGCCUUAUUCCAAGCCUGUGGUUGUGAUGAGUCCAAAGUAUCUCCUGCAUCAUAAGCUAUGUGUUUCUAAGCUUGCUGAUAUGGCUACAGGAACUUAUUUCAGGCGAGUAAUUGCAGACGGAGAUGCCGCUGACAACGUUCGGAAUACAAUUGAAUUACUUCCGCGGAAAGACAUACAGAACCUUCUUGUGUGUUCUGGAAAGAUUUUCUACUUGCUCAGCAAUGCAAGGCGUAGCCGGAAGCUGCGCAAUGUGGCCAUAGUGCGUCUGGAGCAGAUCGCUCCCUUUCCGUUUGAUCGAGUAGCUUCGGUUAUCAACCGAUAUCCAAACGCCCAGCUGACAUGGGUUCAGGAGGAGCCCAAGAACAUGGGAGCGUGGGCGUAUGUGCAGCCCAGACUAGCUACCGCCCUGCGAGAGCUUUGCCGUGGACGUGAGCAUACCAACGUCCGGUUUGUUGGUCGUGCAACCAGCGCAACCACCGCUACAGGGAGCUUCCAAGUGCAUCAAAUGGAAAUGAAGGCUAUCAUCAACGCUGCUUUUGAACUGAAGGACGUCGAAAGCACUCCCACAAUUACUAGUACAACGCAUGCCACUGCAUUCGUGUGAGAUACCAACGCUACUGUUGGGUAUCAUGUAGCAUCUAUCUCAUCCCCAUUCAGUCCCAUUUGGUGAUGGCAGUGCAGCAACUUGUCAUCUCGCAGAGGUUGUCUUUCUUGCCAGAAUCUUCAAGUGACAUAGCAGGUGGUUGAGCUGGCUUGCAUGAGACUGGACGGCAUUUAGUAGCUGUAAUAUUUUGAGGGUUUGCAACACUUCAGCAGUGAAGCUGGCUACACGUGGUCUAGAACUCUGUAUCAAUGGUCUUGUUUAUGAGCUUGUUUAUUGAGUUAUUUGUAGCUUAUCUCUACAGCUUCCUCGCAGAGCCGGAAUGGUAGUGACGAGGUUUAGUUCUACCUGACUGGCCAGUGGGUUCUACCUUUUAGUUGGCUUAGGCUUCCGCUACCUGAUUUUAACAGGUUGCAUAUUUUUCUCAGGAACGGAUAUUACAUGCUUUCCAAAUUUGGUGCCAGACAUGAUGUUUCUCUAA